AAGCAAAGGUAAUUGAGAUGCAAAGGAGAGAGGCGUUGGAUUGGGGAUUAGAUAACGAAUUGUGGCGCGUUUCGUUCUUCAUUCAUUCUGAAAUGGCUUCUUCCUUUUCAACUCCUUCCUCUUGCCUCAGACUACUCUCUUCCUCCAACCCCACGCGCUUCAAGUUCACUGCUUCUUACAUUCAUUGCCAUUGCCGUUCCAAUUCCAAUUCCAAUUCUUAUCAUACACAUCAAUCUCACGGAAUCCAACGCCGUUGGAUUCAAUCAUUCGAUCAAUCGCUCGCAUCUCCAACACAUAGAUUCACCGUAGCGUCAUAUAACAUACUUGCUGAUAGAAAUGCUUCUCAACACCCUGAUUUAUACCUUAACAUUCCUUCUCGUUACAUCAAUUGGGAUCGUCGUAUGAGAAUUCUUUCUCACGAACUCUUCGAAUGGAACCCUGAUAUUAUCUGUUUACAGGAGGUGGACAAGUAUUUUGAACUUUCUAAAAUUUUGGUUGAGGCAGGAUAUGCAGGAUCUUAUAAGAGACGCACUGGAGAUUCAGCUGACGGUUGUGCAAUGUUUUGGAAAGCUGAUAAGUUCAAUUUAUUAGAUGGAGAGAGUAUCCAAUAUAAGAACAUUGGCCUUCGUGAUAAUGUUGCUCAGCUUCUAGUUUUUGAGACGUGUGGAUCUGGUUCAAGAAGACUAUUGGUUGGUAACAUCCACGUACUUUAUAACCCAAACAGGGGAGAAGUUAAAUUAGGUCAAAUUCGAUUCCUCUCAUCAAAAGCACAGACCCUCUCAGAGAAAUGGGGUAAUGCCCCUGUAAUCCUAGCUGGUGAUUUCAAUAGUACUCCUCAGAGUGGAAUAUACAAGUUCUUGUCAUCGUCUGAGCUUAAUGUCAAGCUAUAUGACAGAAAGGAGUUAUCUGGACAGAAACGCUGUCGUCCUGCUCAAGUUUUAGGUGAUAAGAAAGAAACAGUUGGUCCAUUUAUUUUACCAGAUAGAUUGUUAGAUUGCUGGACAGAUGAAGAGGUAAAAACUGCAACCGGUGAUGCUGAGUGUCACUUGGCUGUGCAUCCAUUAAAGCUGAAUAGUUCGUAUGCCACAGUGGAUGGUUCAGCUAGUACACGGGGAUUCAAUGGUGAACCCCUGGCAACUUCCUAUCACUCAAAGUUUCUUGGUACUGUAGAUUACUUAUGGUACUCUGACGGUAUUGUACCUACAAGAGUUCUUGAUACCGUUUCAAUUAGCGAUCUAUUAAGGGCAGGUGGUCUACCAUGCAAGAAAGUGGGAAGCGACCAUUUGGGUUUAGUGUCUGAAUUUUCCUUCUCAGUUGCCCAAAAUAAAUCUAUAGUUGAGGCAGCAGCAUCACCUAGGAUAGAUAUUGAAGAGCGUUACUAUAUGCAAUCUUAGGAUAACAGCUCAACGUUUGUGUUAGGAAACAAUUUUUUUCUUUCCAUAAUAACUUAUACUGUUUCGGUUAUGUACUUGGCUCAAAUAUAUUCAAUUGGGUUGUAUGUAAUUUAGAUAAAAGGUUGAAGUUCAUGUAGUGGUAAGAAAUUGAACUUCUCGAUGUGGCACAUAAACUAUAAAUCAGAAGUGGAAGGAAAAAUCCCAAUAGAGAUUGAAUUUUUGCCUUAAUUGGUCACAA